CGACUGGUUAAUCCAGAGAUGGUGCGACUUCAUCCUUCUUUUUAUGUCAAAGCGGUGGUCUGACAGGAUGACCGUAUGUUCUUCGAAGUGCAGCGUUUUACUAAGAGGUCUAUUUAAACUGCGUCUGCUAGGUCGACACGGUCAGGGCUAUGUUCCCCCAUAUCCCUACGGCUGCCAUUCACUACGAUCUGCAAAAGACUGGCUCAGUCGAACAGACCUGCGAUAACAUCUUGAGGGACGGUACCCUACCAAUGCCUCCUGCUCCUCGUCCUAUAACACCGCCUGCAGCGUCGUCAUCUCCGUCUACUGCAGCUGCGGGAUCAUCUUCGGGAACGAGCCACUCUGUGAAUGGCAACCUGGUUCAGCGCUUCAAGCUGCAUGAGGCGGUUGAGAAGGAUUUAGUGCCCGAGGAGCCGUCCAAGGUCUGGGGCGACAAUGCAGAGAAGCGACAGGAGGUUUUUAAAAGUCGGAAGGAAUUCAUGGUCUUGCAGGCCAGGAAGUAAGUACCAUGAACUGUUUUCUUGUGCGGUGCUAUGGCAUUGCCGUCCUGGCUGCACUACCGAUUGGCGAAGUCAAGUAUUGGAAGAAUGAGGCGCACUUACUGACCGAUACUGUGCUUUUGUCACCAUAAAUAGACGAUAUUUGGAGCAGCAAGCGCGCAAAGAAAAGGAGGCCGAAGCUAAGGCAAAGGAAGUUGAAGCGUCCGCUUAAUGGGUCGUUCAUAUGCACUUGGUUUGAUGGCUAAUAAACUCAGUAGUAAUGAUGUCAGAGGCCAUAUAAAAGCGAAGUUUUCAUCGUG